AUGAAGCCCAAGAAGCUGCGACGGGUCCUCUUUGGAAAUACAGACUAUGUCUUCAACUAUACCUGGAGAAAGGCCCAUUUCAGGUUCCAUGAUCCUUUUUCUGAACUGGCUUUUGCUUUGGAAGUGGGAAAGGGAGGUGCCCGAAGCGUUCAGAUGGCUGUGCAAGGAUUCAUUAUUAAAUACUUGCUGUUUACCAGGAAGGGAAAGGACUGUAACUUUCACAGUUUGUGUGAAAUAAGCAAGCAGGAGCAGGAGGGAGCCCUGGCCGUGGUGUUAGCUGGCAUCCUGUGGGCUGCAGGAGCAGCUCAGAAGGCCACUGUCUGUCUUGUCACUGAGGACACUUAUGUUGCCGCUACUCCUGACUACUCCGUGGAUGAUUUCACUGAGCGGCUCCAGCUGUUUGAAUUUUUAGAGGAAGAAGCCACUGAGAAAUUCAUCUGUGAUCAUUUACAGUGUUUCAAAGGGGAAGGCAGCCAUGGUGUCAUCCUUUUUCUAUACAGCCUGAUCUUCUCCAGAACAUUUGAAAGGCUUCAAAAGGACCUAGACGUCACCACCACACAUCUGUUACGACCAAGUGCUGGAGGCUUCUUGUGUACGCAGGCAGUUCUGAACAUGAUUUUAACUGGAAGGGCAAGUCCCAAUGUCUUCAACGGCUGCGAGAAAGGACAGUCUCAGGAAACUUUGCACGGAGUCCUGACCCGCAGUGACAUUGGCUAUUUGCAGUGGGGCAAGGACACUUCGGAAGAUGACAGACUGUCCCAGGUGGGCAGCAUGCUCAAGACUCCCAAAUGGCCCGUUUGGCUGUGCAACAUCAAUGGAAAUUACAGCGUCCUUUUUUGCACAAACAGGCAGCUCUUGUCAGACUGGAAAAUGGAGCGUCUCUUUGAUCUGUGCUUUUACAGCGGCCAGCCCUGGCAGAAAAAGCCUGUGCAUCUUACAAUAGAUACUCACUCCCAUCCCUGGGAAAGGCACCAACAGGAAGAUACACACGGAGGAGGAAGACGGUUCUCUCCGGUGGAGAUGACGAUCAGAACCAAAUGGAAAGAGGCCACCAUCAACUGGGAUGGAACUGUUCCCUUUUUCUAA